AUGAUCAUUAUAAUUGUUAUUUCGAUGCUUUUUGCAAUAUCAUGGAAUCACACCGCAACCGCAAUGUUCACGACAAUCGAGAAUGACAGAGGUUCAACAAAAACGAAAGGAGGUCGGAACGGAGUCAAGUCCAGUAAAGAACCAGAUUCCACGGAUGACGCUUUCAAAGAAAUGGCGAAACGUUUAACGAAAAAGGAUAGACCUGAGAAAACUGGAGAUUCAAUUGUUGGAGAGGACGACGAAAAUCCUCUUGCACAAUACCAGAUGCCUGAACGACCAGUCGUUCCACCAAAUCAGGAUGGUGCAACAUUGGAGAACAUUGUUGAAAUGGAAAAGAAGCCUGUCUCAAAACAACCAACAAUUCGAGCUUUAACUCCAUCAGGUGGUGCCAAGACUGCACAGCCGAUUUCAGUUGCUCAGCCGCCUCCUGUUCAACAGAAGUCCCAGAAAUCCAUUAUCCCGAAGAAAGAUAAAACUAUAACCACUGAUAAGACGCAAUCGGAUCCACGUAGCAGAGAGAUUGAGAGCACUCAGCAUGUGACCAAUGAAGAUGCAAUCGAUACUGGGAAAAAGGAACCUGCAAAAUCUGUGAGAAAAGAUUUGAUUUUGUCUACAAAAAACUGAAGAGGGAUGUGAGUUUAACAAUGUUCACUUCAAAGUUUCAACAUUAAUUUCAGAAAUCGAGAAAAAGUAAGAAGGGCACAUAAUCUCACUGGUUCACCAUUUUCAAUUUCAAUAAAGUUUUAUUUUAUUU